AUGUACCGCGUUCUUUCAGAGAAAACUGAAAAUUCCAUCGAUGGCAAUGACGAUACCUCACAAUCUGCUAAAGAUUUUAUAACACGUGUUCUGAGUCCUCGUGUUGCUGUAGUGUCUUCGCAAGACGCUGAUAUGGCAUGUCGAGCGAACAACUUUUCAAAUUUUUUGGAAUUAAUCCGACCUUUUGGCGAAAGAUAUGAAGGCAGAAUAACGGCUCGUGAUUCACAAGGCUUACCUAACCCAAUUGAAGGAUUCACGUUUCGUUUCGCGGAUCUAGCGUGUCUGGAACAACCAGAUAAUCAGAUUAUUGCGAAAUUGUUGUCUGAAAAGGUCAAAUCUUAUUGUGGUGACCCUAAGCAGCUAAAUGAAGUUCAGCAUAUUUCAUCAAAGGCUGAUCUCACAGAAAGGUACUUGAAAGCAUCCCAAGAUGACAUAACUCCCUGGUAUGCAGAAUAUCGUCGUUUCUUUUUUAAAUUGACUGGCGUUUCUGAACACGAGACUUUUGAGCACCCUGUAGCAUGUAUAAUUGUCGUGAGCUCAUUAAAUCCGGAUCCACUCAACCAAUUCGCUCAACUUUUUGACGAUAAUAUUCUUCCUGCUCCGAUAUAUGAGAAAGGGUUUAUGGAUCCUAACAUAUUAAAAUAUUAUGUGCUCUUGCAUGACAAUCAUAAAACGAGUUUGGAACAUUCUGAGGCAAUUUUUGACCAGAUGAAACGGAAAUUCGGACUCAAUUGCCAUUUACUUGAAUUGAAUUCUAUCCCACUGCCCACUAUUCCGGAUAACAAUGAUCCAUUUUCACAACCUCCGACUUCACCCAUAAAUUCCAGUUCAAACACAGACAUAUGGUCCUCAUCUAUACACGAAACCAAUCUUCUCCAAUCUCUAAUUGCAAAUUCCACAUCUUCUAAUUCAGAAAUACGCGCCCGACAUGAUUUAUUUCCUUCAAUUCAAACAAACACACUACCAUUGUCACCUACUGCAUCGACUCUUAAUUCGCCGACUUCAUCUAUUAGUGAAGAUAUGUUAUUUCUCGCUAAAGAAAAAGAAACUAGUGUUUUUGAAUCACAGAAUAUUGUCGAGCUCGUGGGAAAUUUGCCGCCCUCUGUUGUAAUAUAUGGGCAAUAUUUAAGUGAAAAAGAUUUUGCGGGAAUUCAAUCUUUUAUUCGAGAGUUUGUUGCGCAAAGUAUGAUACCUUCCAUGGAGAGAAAUAUCCACGUGUGGAAUGAACAAGUGGCUGCAUCACGUCGAGGCAUUACUGGCAGGCUUUUCAGCGCAAGUCGUCGUUAUUUCGGCACUGGUGGAAAAUCUUCAGGUCAACCUCCUUCCACCCAACAAUCAUCGAAUUCACCAAGUGGACCUCAAAACGCUUUUGCAAACACAAUUUAUCCUCAUACUUCACCGGAAGCCCAAAUGAGAAAAUUGGCUGACUAUGCAUUUAUGUUACGUGAUUAUCGGCUUGCUCAUUCUGUAUACGAUACUAUAAAAAAAGAUUUCUCCGCCGAUAAGGCAUGGAGGUAUUAUGCGGGAGCACAGGAAAUGAUUGGGCUCUGUUUACUAAUGUCCACAUCCCCAAUUGGAAAUAAAACGGAUAUCGAUCAUUAUUUCGAGCAAUCGGUCAAUGCGUUCUAUAAUCGCGCAAAAUCGCCUUUUUUUGCGACGAAAGCAACAAUUUUAUAUUACGAAAUGUUAAAACAUCGAAAACUGUAUAAAGACGCGCCUACUGCAUUAAUCAGAAUGAGCGGAGAGGAUUCCGAUCUUAGAAGUGCAUUAUUCCUAGAACAGGCCGCGCAUGCGUUUUUACAUUGUCCGAGGCCGAUGAUCCGAAAAUAUGCAUUUCACUUGGUGAUGGCUGGUCAUCGUUAUGGAAAAUGUAAUCAGCGGGAACACGCUUACCGUUGUUAUCUCGCCUCUUCUCACGUGUUUGAGGAUCGUUCGUGGUCAUUAGUUGAGGAUCAUAUUCACUUUGCGCUUGGACGUCAAGCUUUUCAUAUGGGAGAUCUGGAUAGUUCACUGCAUUUUUUCUUGAAACUAUUGCGUGAGAGUCGUCAACCAGCAUCACAACAGAAUGCUUAUUUAAGAGAAUUUUUGUAUAUAUACAAGCAUUACAGUAACAAAACUGGCAAGGAACCUACAUUCAAUCCGCCAGAUCUUCCUAUUCCUGUGAUUCUAGAUGCAUCUCUUCGCGUUGUUUUGUCAAAUGCACAGUCAGGCGAGUACGAUGAAAUAUGGCAUACAAUGGAACAAGCCUUUGUUGAUGAAAAGUAUAAAAAUGUUGAUGCAUUUGGAAGAAACAAGCUGAACCCUGUUGCUUUGACAAAAGAUAGUCGUCAGACUGUUUGCGCCGUUGCAGAACCAUUUUAUGUACAAUUUGAUGUCUACAAUCCGAUGCAAAUUUCUAUAAAUGUCACAGAUCUUAUUCUAGAAUGUGACUAUAUUUCUUCGACUAAAGAUUCCUUAUCCCUACGGGUAACUCCAAAACGGGAGGGAACGAUCAAAAUCGUCGGGCUUCGUUAUAGUCUCCAUUCGAUUGUUCGUAGCCGUAGAACAUUUGCAAAACGAGGAAAGCGACUAAAUAACACUAAGCAACAGAUGAUGGAUGUAGUGUAUGCACCUGACCUAUCUCUAGAGGUUUUGGUCACCUCGCCGAUGCCGUUGCUUGAGGUUGCUUUCCACUCUUUCCCGGAAAUGCUGUUCUCUGGCGAAGUUAUACAAGUGGUACUGGAGAUUAAUAAUAAAGGACAAACGGGGUUGACGGAUUUACAAGUUAAAAUGAGUCAUCCCAGUUUCUUUUGUGUUGGCGAUGCUGAAAUGCUAGAGAAAACAAUAUACGGAGAUACCCCGGAGUUUCCCGAAUUUCCAAAUUCAGAAUCGUCUUCAGAAAAGCUGAAAAUUUCAAAUAUUUUAUUUAAUUCGAGUAUCAAUAGUAUACCAUUGCCUAUUGUAGAGGACAAUGGUACUGAUGGUAGUCGUGACUCUAACUUUGUGUUAGCUCCGGGAAAGACGACAUUAAUUCCAAUAUGGAUUCGGGGGGAUAGAAUAGGGAAACAUAUGUUUCGUUUUUUCUUUACCUACCAAUCUGAGGAUCCCAAUGUUGCCAUGAAGUAUCGUAGUCUGAGAUAUUUCGUCACGUCACAAGUAUUGCCUUCCCUAAAGAUCAGCGCGUUUACGCGUCCGAGUACUCGCGGUUUGAAUGAAUUUAUAUUGGGCAUCGAGACCGAAAAUCUGCAAACUACAGCAGAUUUUCAGUUAUUACAGAUUUCUUCGUUAAGUCCUUCUUGGUCAAUAUCGCCGAUUAAUAUUACGACUGGUGAUGAUCAAAAUUCUAAAGUUUUAAUAGCACCCCGUCAGACCACGUAUACCUAUUAUCGAAUAAGCAAAUGUCAAAUAGAUUCUCCAGCUGAUCAUUUAACACCUGAACAAUAUGCUUUAAAUGCUCUUGAGCGUAUAUUAAGCGGCAAUUAUGAGUCAAAGACCCUAGAACCCUCCCCAAUAGAGCUUAUCGUCACAAACUUACCUUUUACAAGCCGAGUAAUAAAAAAUGCAUCUAAACCACUCGAAGGAUUCUCCCUAAACUCCCGAGUACAAUGGCGCAUCAAUGCACUCAGCAAUCAGUUCCCUGCGCUCACUCAAAAACAGCACGAACAAAUAUUCACAUUAUACACCACCAACGACGUUGAUCUCGUUAUCUACUGGAACAUACCAAGCUCGCAACGUCAAGGUCAUCAUUAUAUAAUUGGCAUUAAUUUAGGGGUGCAACAGAACCCAUUUCAAGGCAAGGAAAUUUUAGCGUUGGUUGCUUCUGCUCCUAAUCGCGCUCUAUUUGAACAGACGAUAAAAGAGCGAGCAAUACUUGUGAACAGUUUAUUGAAGAAUAAACAUUUUAAGGAGGAGAGCCCCUUGAAGGUUUUAUUGAAAUGUAAAGAUAUGUAUGAACAUAAUUUUGUUUCUGAAAGUCUGUGUGUUCUUCCAAUCAAAAUAGUGAUAAAGAAUUGCUCGUGGAAUAAACAUGUUGGGUUCAAUUUGGAAUUGCUGUCAUUUGAUGAGAAUCUUAAUUUACGAAGUACUAUGUCACAUAAAUCAUUACACAACAAUAUUUUCAAUUGGACCGGUGAGACGUAUAAAUACGGCUCGUUAUCUCCAAACAAUGAAAUUGAAUUCGAGGUAAAGGCGUGUUUCACACAACCUGGUGUCUAUGAUAUUAAUCGGUGGCGAUUAACCGUGAAUAUGGAUUACGAUUCCACCGUCAAUACGACAGCAAUUACAGGAGGAGGAGAGGGAGUAAUGAUAUCUAAUGCUGCUGCUGAUAGUAUUAAGGGCGGAUAUAUGCAGAUGCCAAAUGCACCACAUCUUUUGACGUUAUUGAAUACUUGA